UUGGUUGUGCUCUUCUUCGCUUCCCUCUGGCCCGGCUUGCUAGAACUCCCGCGGGCCACCGGUGCACUCCUGCUGCUCCCCAAAUCAGCGUCACCCUGUCCCCUCCUCCCGGCCUCCUGGAGCGCGGGGUUUGAAGGUCACCUCCUUUCUAGUUCCCCCAGCAAGCCCAGCCGCCGCCGCCCUCCUCCAUCUGGAGCCCAGAAGUGUCAGUCGCUGCGGCUGCUACCACAGAUAGGGGUCCGUGCGGGGUAGAGGGGAGGGGAGCCCGAACUCAGAGCCGAGGGGGGAAUUCCUCCCUCUUCGCAUCGCGCCAGACCCGGCUGCACCCGCGGAAGAGUGGGGGCGCUGUGCCAGCUUCAGGACCCACGCGUGCGCCUCGCGGACCCGAGAAGCCACCAGCGAGUCGCGCAGCUUGCAUCUGGAGGGGACAGCCGAGCGCCCCGCCCCGGCGUCCGGAGCCGACAACUCUGAGCGUCCUCCCUGCUCAGGGCAGAUCUGAGAAGACCGUGCGCAUCUCCAGAUCCCGAGAACCCCGCGCUCCAGACCGGGUGGCCUCGGCCAUCAGGGCCCCUUAGGGGUGAUCCGGACCUUCGCCGCGCCCAGAUACAGGGCGCGGCUGACCUGCCCUGAAGUUGCGGCCAGCUUGUGUGAGAGAAUUCGGCAUCACAGUUCGUUGCCUCUGGCGAAUGCUGAACGUGGCUGUGGGGUGCACAGAGCACUGAGGAAUCAGGGGGUCCUGAAUCCAGGAGGAGGCGACAACUGUCGGGCUCCCGAGGAGUUCUAGGAAACUGCUCAAAGACCUCAUGAAAGUGGGACUUACAACUUCCUUGAUCAGGCUCAGCAUUCAGAUAUCCAAGCCAACUGCAGUAACUGCUCGGAAACAGAGGACCAAAAGGUUUUGAGUCAACAGAUGAAUUGUGAAAGAGAGCAGCUGAGGGGUAAUCAGGAAGCAGCGGCCGCCCCCGACACAAUGGCUCAGCCUUAUGCCUCAGCCCAGUUCGCUCCACCUCAGAAUGGCAUCCCCGCAGAAUACACGGCCCCUCAUCCCCAUCCCGCGCCAGAGUACACCGGUCAGACCACUGUCCCCGACCACACAUUAAACCUGUAUCCUCCUACACAGACGCACUCGGAGCAGAGCGCUGACACAAGCGCGCAGACCGUCUCCGGCACCGCCACACAGACAGAUGAUGCAGCACCAACUGACGGCCAGCCCCAGACACAACCUUCGGAAACCACAGAAAACAAGUCCCAGCCCAAGCGGCUGCAUGUGUCCAACAUCCCCUUCCGGUUCCGGGAUCCAGACCUCCGACAAAUGUUUGGUCAAUUUGGUAAAAUAUUAGAUGUUGAAAUUAUUUUUAAUGAGCGAGGCUCGAAGGGAUUUGGUUUCGUAACUUUCGAAAAUAGUGCGGAUGCGGACAGGGCGAGGGAGAAAUUGCACGGUACCGUGGUAGAGGGCCGUAAAAUCGAGGUCAAUAACGCAACAGCACGUGUAAUGACUAAUAAAAAGACUGUCAACCCUUACACCAAUGGCUGGAAAUUAAAUCCAGUUGUGGGUGCCGUCUACAGCCCAGACUUCUAUGCAGGCACGGUGCUGUUGUGCCAGGCCAACCAGGAGGGAUCUUCCAUGUACAGUGGCCCCAGUUCACUUGUAUAUACUUCUGCAAUGCCUGGCUUCCCAUAUCCAGCCGCCACUGCUGCAGCUGCAUACCGAGGGGCCCACCUGAGGGGCCGCGGCCGCACCGUGUACAACACCUUCAGGGCUGCAGCGCCCCCACCCCCAAUCCCGGCCUAUGGCGGAGUAGUGUAUCAAGAGCCAGUGUAUGGCAAUAAAUUGCUACAGGGUGGUUAUGCUGCAUACCGCUAUGCCCAGCCCACCCCUGCCACUGCUGCUGCCUACAGCGACAGAAAUCAGUUCGUCUUCGUUGCAACAGAUGAAAUUUCUUGUAACACCUCUGCAGUUACGGACGAGUUUAUGCUGCCGACCCCUACCACCACACACUUGCUCCAGCCCCCACCUACGGCGUUGGUGCCAUGCCCCAAGGUUCCAGCCCCAGCACAGACUUCAGAGGAGCUAAGCUGCACACUUCCAGGCCUCUGCUGUCAGGCAGCUGAGAAUCUGCCUGCCUCUCCUCCCCUUUUACAAUUCAUGUUUAAAGUCAUAGUCGCCCAGGAGAGAAAGUAGAGAGUGGGGCACACUUUGUGUGUGUGCCUAGUAUAUAAGAAAUUAAGGAAUCAGCUGGCUUUGGGGGUUGUCUUGUUUUUAUUUUUUUUUCCUUGGGUGGGACGGGAAGUCUGGGAUUUUACUUUUUGUUUUGGGAAGGGUAAGGGGAGGGCAAAGUGGGGGGCAAGGGUGGGGUGAAUUUGCCUGUACUUGUUCAAACUUCUAUGCACUAAAACUCUUGAGUCCAGUAAGACGUGCCCAUCGCGUGAGAGCAUAUGCCAUCAUUACAGCGCUUUGGCAUGCAGUCUUCUGCUUGAGUCAAGAAUAUCAGUCCUCUUCCUAAGAAAUCAGCCCCACAGGCAUUCAUUGGAAUCGCCAAUACUUUUAGCAAAAGGAAACAGUUAAGGGUCACCUCAUAGCCAUAGAAAGCUCUGGUCAGACAGGUCCCUGGACCCUGGGUCAUAAAAGCCCAAGCAGGAUUAGCAAAGCCUACUAUUCUACGUCUACACAAGCUUAACCACACCCAGCAGUGCCCCUCUUCCACCCCCACCACAACAUCAGAACCCCAAAGUUCCUAACCAGAUCCCCUCCCCCCUUUUUUUCUUCAAUGUGGCAUUCAACAACCCCACUUCAACACCUAGGCCUUUUGAGGAAAGGGAGGACAGGAGAACCGAAUCCCUGCAUCCAACAAACCGUCUAGACUCAUCACUGAUUGUAGAUAGAACUUCUCCCAGUGGAGCACCGUAUCGGUCAAUCCGUCCAUUCACCAAGGAAACAAACCAGUAAAAUGAGCCAGUACCUAUCCAUCCACCGUCCCAUCUGUGCACUGGAGUCCUCAUUGCUAGUAGGACCAGCGGAUCCACUCAGUUUCCUGGGGAUUCGUUCUCCGUAAGGAGUUGCUGGGAGAGGUCAGGACUGACCAUAUACCCAUAGCUUUCUGAAUAGGUCCUGGAAUGGGGAAGGGGUGCCCUCUAUUUUGGUUGGUUUUGAGUGUCUAUUUUUUUUUUUAACAUUAGUCUUUUUGAUGAUCCACAUGUUACAAAAGGAAACAUGUAAAAAACCACACCCCUCAAAUUGCUUUGUUUCAGAAUGCUUUUGCGCCCUUGACUGAUGCCAAGACUAGGAGCCAUGCUGAUGAUGUGGGUCUCGUUCUUUCUUCAUUGCAGGCUAGUAUAUACCGAGGGGGAUACAACCGCUUUGCUCCAUAUUAAAUGACAAAUCAUAGCAAACAAACAAACAAACACAAACAAAAACAACCUUCCAGUGUGGGGAGAGAGAAAGCUUCCCGAGGCCUGAGUGUUGCAACACACGCAGUAGGACAUCAUUUUAGCAACUCAAAGAAAACAACUAAAAAUAAAAAGAGGAAAAAAAAUGACAUUUUUUAUCUUAUACCUCAGAUAUUUUGUUCUGUGUAUUUUAAUAUUGUGGGUCUUUGGUUUCUGAAGGUUCUUGUAGUUCAGUCGCUGGCUGUAGAAGUUUUUGUGGUUGAUCUAGAGAGAGGCUAGAUAUGAAUAAAAACUGAUUUAGGGCCAUAUCCAGAGUGCUAUAUUAUGUAAAUGAAUUAUAUGCUGACCACGAAGCUACCGGGGUUAAGGUGUUUGGGAAGAGUCUAGGUGACAAGUCAUUCUUUCUGCAUCUAUAUUAUUUUAUUCUGUGAAAGGGGAGGCCGGGAGGGGCUUAGGGGUUUGGGAUUGGGGUUUGACUGAAAGAAAAUUAUAUAUAUACAUAGAUAUAUAUAGUAACUGAUGAAUCUAAAAUGACCCACUGCACCAACGAUCCUAAAUCUAUGGUUCUAAGUUACUCCCGGCAAAGUCAAGCCAAAGGCUCUGCUAGGAAACCAUUUCUUAUGGCACUGAGUUUGGAGGCGAAGGAAGCUGUGUAAGUCCACCCUCUUAUCAUUCCACCCGCAGUACUCAGCUUCUUACCUACCCACUAGUUAUUUAAGCAAAGACUACUAGUUAGGCCAUCAAUAAGCAUUCUUUUUAUAUUUCUUCCAGUAUGAGAAAUUAUUGAUAUCACUGCUGACUUUUAUAUUAUGGGAGGGAAAAAUUAACAUUAAUAAAAAGGUGAUUAAAAAAGCACUGUUUCUAUUUUUUUCUUUUUUUCCAAAAAAAAGAAAGUAAUAAAAACUUAAAUUCUUUGUACCAGUUAAAAAUAUGUAUAAAAUUUACAUCUGUGCAGUGGAGUUAUGUUCUAGAAACAGUCUCUGAGGCUUUAGUUUUAGCUUAGUAGAUUAACUGUUAGAGACAGACGUAUAAUUUUUAUGGAAUUACAUGAUAAUCAUAUCUGGAUUUAUAGUCGCAUUUUACAAGUAUCGCGAUCAUUGAAUAGAGAUAACCAUGGUAUUUUCAUCAGCUUGAUACUUUUUGAAAACAUGAUGCCUGUGAGCAACUUGCAAUUUUUCAGUCUGUGAGAGCCCGCCCUCCCCUCUCCCCAGUGCCCCAAGGUUAUCUUAAACUGGCAUCUUUACUUCUGUCUCCGAGGUCCAAGAGGAUUGUGUCAGAAGGAAAGAAAAAAACGAGACAAAAAACAAAACUAGACCCUCCCCCCACAUCCACCUUCCCCGGAGAGCAGCGUCUGCCCCCUCUUUCUUGGACGCAGGGCCAGAGCAGCACAGCCGAAAAAUUGCAGCUUGUGACCCUUCUUCUGUUUGAAUCCCCCACCAUGUUGUCCUGUUUACAAGUUAACUUAAGUUGGGGUAUCUGUCAUGGGUCUUCCCGUUUUUGUAUUUAAAUUAUAAAGUAUCAGUAAGCUGUCUCCCUGAGUAGCGUUACCGCCUGUGUGUGCAGAACACGCCCAUGGCGCGCACUUUAGUAAGUAUCAACUCACGCUGUGAACCUGCCAAUCCGCUGUAACAACCGCUUUAAAAAUCUAAACCAAACAAAAGUUUAAAAAGAAAAAAAAAAGUGUUUGUGAUCCAGCUUUUCCUAGUCAUCCUACGUGCAUGCCCGUAAGAUCGGUUGGAUAUUAAACCAUCAAUAAAGUUUCGUGAGAUUUGAAAACAAAGUUUCUGUAGCUUCGAUACCUAAGACAGAUGAUUAUGGUUGGGGAGAGGAAGAAAGGGAAAGGGCGAGGAGGGGAAGGGAGAGAAACUGCUGAACUGCUAAGAAGAGAAAAAUCUAGAGCUUGGUCUUUUCUCUCCCUUCGGAGUCAGGAGAGACAGGGCUGAGAGGAGACUGUUUGCGGCAAGUCUUGAAAAUCCCCAUUCCCACCUGCUUCAGUGGGAUGGCCAUGUGUGCACCUGGUUGAUGCUGCCCAAGGCAAGAACUUAUUGCCGUGCUGUCGCAUUCGACCCCAAUGGGAUAAAGGUAGGAUAGGAACAGGGCUGCAGAAGGGUCGACAGAGCCCUCCCAGCCGCCCCAGCUUUCAGCCCAGAACCUGCAUUGUGUAUGAAAUCACAAACAUGGAAUUCUUACUGUGCUGGCUAAAGUAAAACUCAUUUGCAGUUUUGAUUUUCAUCAAUGAAAUGUACUUUCCCCCAAGACUGUCUGUAGUUUUAAUAAACUCAUUUAGAGAAAGUGGGUGCCAACCGAUGUCACAGAAUCUUUUGUCUAGGCACUCCCUCCGCUGAGCUGCCGAUAAGUCGUUUUAAAAUGUCAUGUCAGAGGUGUAAACAAACAUUUUGGAUUUUUUAAAACAACGGUAUUUAUUUGGAAUGUUUUCAUUUAUCUAAAUAACUAUUGCUAUUAUGAAUUAUGGAAAAAAGAUUAAUGUGGCAUAUAGUGACUUCUUAACACACAUCACUCAAUCUGCAAACCCAGAAAUGUGUAUAUCUGUCUUUAGAAAUUAGUGUUUAUAUCACUUACAGUGGUUUGUGAAUAAAGAAAACUGGUUUGUAAUAUCAAAAAAAUAAAAGCUUAGUCUGAAAAGGUACCUACAA